GCUCUUGUUUUCCCUAAAGCAUUAACACUGACCACUCCUGCUCUAAAACCGCGGCGUAGACCCAAAACACUCCUGCUUUAAGUUUUCUUUCGCUUCGUUUUCUUUUGCAUGGCUGUGAUUCGUUACCAUUUUAUCCUUUCACAGCUUUUCUGGUCACCACUCUUCGCUCCCAAUUUGCCUUUCUUUGACCUUCCUCUUUCACUUUCUGUGCUCUUCUUGUCUUUACAUAUACAGGGCAGAAUUUUUCGCUCUCUCUCUUUAACCAUAACUUUCUUGGGUCUAGUCUAAUUAUUCUGUUCGGUGAAUAGCAAAUGAUCCUGAAGAAUGGGAGAAAGGUUUAUUUUUAACUCUCAGUGUAAAUUCAUGCACGUACGCAUCUUGUUUCUAUCGGAGCCUUUCUCUGGGUCAUUGAACAUGCAAACUUGUGAAAGUUGGGUGAACACUGUGUUUGGUCAAUUUACGAGAUCCUAAAUUGGACAUUGUCAGGUAUGUCAUCUUCACCCGACCCUACUGAUGCAAGGACAGAGCCUCAAAAGACUACUGGUUAUAAAAGUCCAGGACUGAGGGGAAUACGAACCACCAGCCUUUUCCGAGCUGUUAAUCCUGAGCUCUUCAUCAAACCUAAUAAACCAGUGAUGGCUUUUGGACUACUGACCAUAACGCUUUGUGUGAGUUAUAUUGCUUAUUUGAAUGCCACAACAGAAAACAAAGAUUUAUAUGAAGCAGUUGAUAGCGAAGGAACAAGAUACACAAGGCGAAAGACAUCAAAGUGGGAAUGAAAUAUGAAGGAGAUCAGUACAUAAAAUUGCAGCCAAAGAAUUGCUGAAAUAUUUAUUCCAGGGUUGGACUGUAAUGUUGCAUAGGUAAAAAUGUUUGCAUCAUGAUCAAGACACUUCAGUAUCAUGCUGAGUGUACGCUUUCCUAGUUGCCUCUUAAGUGCUUGGAUUCUCCAUUAUUCACAUUACCCUCUUAAUAUCUGCAUAUAUUUUAAUUUGCAGUAAUUUGUUCACCAUCUGCAACAUCUGUGAGAUGGAGUAUAGCUGCAACAAUAAGAGCAACUGAAUCCUACCUAAAAUUUAACAAGCUUUUUCCUACUCAGAGUGUUUGUUGUUGUUUGACCAUUAUGCUUCCCUCUCUGCAAUCAAAGUGGUACAGACAAACAUGAUUAUGUGAAGACAGAUUAGACAUAGCAACAGGAGUAGGGAUUAAUUCCCUGAAGCCUCUUCUGCCAUUUGGUGAGGUCAUAUAACCAUCUCUGUGUAUCUGUAUUUUGCACUUAUUCUACGAUACCUUUGAUUAAUAAAAAUCUGUCAAUCCCAGGUUUAAAAAGAACAUUUGACUCAACAUCAAUUGCUGCUCAUGGAAGAGAAUUCCAAACUUCAGCCAUCCACUGUUGUGGAAGUGUUUCCUAAGCUCACUCCUGAAAGGCCUGGUUCAAUUAAACCAGCCCCCUAAUUCUAGAUACUUUCCAUUUAGCCUAUCCUUUCCCACUUAAUAUCCUGAAAAUCCCACUUAAAUUAUAGGAGAUGUGUCCAUUCUAUUGUCUGUGUCUCUCCGAUCAAAUGGGAGUUUAGCUGUCAGCAUUAAUACAUAUCAUUACAGGUUAGCCAUUAUGAAAAGCUCCAUCUAGCAGGUGGGUGAAGAACUGCUGAAACUUGCUCCUAAACAGUAAUCAAGUAGAAGUGGAAUUAAACCAGUUAGAGAGGCAGGGUUUGAUUUUUAAGUUGCCUUCCAAUUUCCAAUGCAUUUUUCUGGGACUUUUGCCUUUCAAAUUGUUUGCAAAUUUUAUUGAUAGCCAGUAUUUACUACGUUCUCAAAUCCAAGUUCACUGUGCCAAAUAUAGCAAUAGGAUGGUGACAAUCAGGUUCAAAAGAAGAAACUCCCAGUAAGGAAAUUCACAAUGUGUUCAUCAACAUCUGAAAAGAAAACCAGACUUUGGCAUUACUGUUGCAAGCCUUUUAUUGAAGCUGACCAACUUCUGAACUCACUGAAUCUGCCUGUUUUGAGGAUUGCUAUGCCAUGUUCAAUACUGUAUGUGUAUCUUGCUCCAGAAUUCUUCAUCAUGUAAGUUGUGGAUUUCACAGAAUGCUUCUGUGCUGCCAUAAAGAGUUAUGUAAAACCAUGACUAUGAUAUCAAAUGUACUGAUUAUGAGAACACAGUACCUGAGAUUCUGUGUCUGGAUAAAAUACUGCCAUUUUUUCACUUGCAUACAUUAUAUGGAUCAGUUGUACAAAUUUGCACGUAGAAAUCUACUGCAGUUUUAUUUUAAAUUCCUAUUUGGUGGUAAUAAAAAGAUUCGCUGUUCACUGAGGGCAGAAUUCUAUAUUACUUUGAAUGUAAGCUCAGGAGGAAUGGUGAUUUACUUAUAAAAGCAGAUUUUUUUUAUUCUGGAGGUGAGAUUAAAGACUGAGUUCAAAUAAUGAUUUAUUGUAAUUUCAGAGAGUGAAACUUGUGAUGACAAUUGUACCAUUGUAACCUAUCCAAUAAAAUAGU